CCAGGCUUGGAGCAAAGGUCUCCGAUCGCGUUGUGCGCUGGACCAAGGUUUGCUCCUCACUGCUGGACUUGGACGCCGCCUGCCGCAGGAGCGAGGCACGCACCUUUGCCCAACUGGCUGGGGAGUGGCACGAUGCCUAUGGCGCUUUGGCCAGAUUUCGCGGAGACGUUCUCGAGAUGAUUGAGGACGGCGAGGCAUCUGCGGUGCAGGUCCAGCAGAACGGACAGGAGGCGCGCGUGUCCGUGCUCUUGUACUCGGACUUUUGGCAGGCCAACUUUCAAGAUGGCCAGCUGUGGUGGUCCAGCGGGGAGGUCUGGACGCACUCAAGUCGAAGCGAUGCUCGGUCAGGCAACCCUGGACCCAGCAAGCGGCGGUGGUAUUGCCGCGGCGAUGGGCGGGCGUGAGGGGCCGUCCUGUGGUGCCUUUUUUAAUGCCCUCGAGGCCCCGCGCAAGCACUUUGCUUGCGCCUGCUAAUGAAUCGUUGGGCCGGUGGACCGUGUUCGUGCGUAACCUCGACCUGAAGUGUCUUGGGGUGCGUGCGAAUAUGUCAUUGGCUGGCUGGUUUUAUUGCCAAGAACAGAGUUGUAGAGGUCAAUGUUAGCAAGCUUGCACAAUUCAGCAUUCUUCUGUUUGUUGCUUAGUCCUGCCUGACUGCAUUCUCGAAAAUUGAAUGAUCAAAAA